AUACUACUACUACUGUCAACAAAACCUAAACAAUUUCCAAAAGGAAGAUCAUAUUCUAUAAAUGACUGGAUUUGUUUAUUAAAUUUCAUAAAAACAAGUUUCUAAUAAUUGACUAGUUUGAAAUAUACAUUUGGAUUAGUAGCUACUCCAUCAUGACAUCGUAGAAUAACUUUGUCCACCUGAAUUACUAUAUGCGAGGAUAAGGUGCUAAACGACUGGCUAGCUCCACAAGGCCACCAUUGAGAAUUACUUAAACAGCAAUCAAACUUGGUAAGGUUAGGAUGGCCCCUCCAGGAAAGAAACACAAAAAAUCAAAACAAAGGCCAAAGCAGCAAGAAUGUUCCAGGAGAACUGAGGGAGUACAAGCCACUCGGGAGCGUAUGGUAUCAUCUCAGAAGAAAUCUCAGAAGAUAUUUUUGAAUUUAGUUGAAGAUACUGUGGAUGCAGAAAAGUUUGUCGAGUUUCUUUGCUACAUCAAUCCAGAUACAUAUGAACAAGUUGAAACAGACCGAGGAGCUUCAGGAGUCUGUGGCUAUCCUUUGUGUCCUAACGAAUUUGUCGAUCGUUAUGGUGAUCAGCGCUACAAGAUUCGAAACAACAGACUGUAUGACAUCACAUUAAGAAGGAACUUUUGCAGUGAUGUGUGCUAUGAAGCAUCCCAAAUAGUAAAGAAGCAAGUUUCAAUGGAGCCAUUGUAUCUGAGAGAUGAUUUGCCAAGAAGAAGUCUGGAAGUUGUUAUUCCUGAUAGGGAAGACCUCAAAGGCCAAUAUGGAGAGGAAAUUGAUAUUGAAGGUGGAGUAAACCCCUACUUCACCAGCCAAGAACAAAGAACUAAAAAGUCCUUCACAUCUGUUGCUGAAUUUGCUCAGGAUGGACUUAGCAUGUGUGCUGAAAACUCUCAAGAACUUGAAAAAGAAAAGAACAGGAAAUCAGAAGGUGCUCAUGAAGAUAAAAAGCAGAAUUCACAAGGUCAAGUAACAGUUAAACUUAAAGAGGACACACGAGAAGGAAAACAGAAAAAUUCAGUAUGGAGACAAAAAGAAGAUAAGCCCCCAGAGGAAGAACUAUUUAAUGCUCACACUACUGUCAUACAGAUUGAACGUGCAUUACACGAAUGGAUGACUUUUGAAUCUUUACGCAUGGUGUUGGGUGACAAAUAUGUCAAAGGGAUGUUGGAAGAAAUUGGGGCAAAGUGGGAAGAUUAUGACUCUAGUGAAGGCAUGAAACUUAGUGUUGAAGCCAAGGCAAAAUACAUUGCCCUAUGUAGGAAACUUGAUGAAGAAGAAAGAAAUGAUACAUUUGGCCAGAGUAUGGAAAUUCAUGAAGUAGUUGGUCAACCAAGGUGUCCAUUGCCUAAUUAUCAACAACUUCAAGAGGAUGCUAAAAAGCAACAGCUAAAGGUAGUGUCUUUUCUUGGAGGGAAUGAUCAGUAUGAAGAAACUGCAGAUGAUGUAGCUGAUAAAGGUCAUGAGGGCAGUUCAUCAUUACCUCUGAUUGACAGUUAUUCCCAAGUGGAGUGGCGUCAGUCAAUUGUUCUUGAAAAACUGGAGAAAUACAUGAGAUCCUUUUUACCCCUGGCAAAGCUUGAUGAGGCAAAGGUUAACAGUCUUGUAAGGGACUUGGUUAUGACCUUCAGUUUUUCUCCAAACAACAUCAUCUUUAAACCAGGAGAAUGGAAUUUUGUCUCUCUGUUAGUAUUAAAAAUGCUCAGUAUUCGUAUCCCCGCCAUCAAAGCAGGAUUGGAGAUGGAAGACUUCCAGAAAUUCCAAAACACACUUCUUUCUAACUUCCAUCUGGACUUGGGCUAUCCUGAUCGUUUUCUUAGUUUUAUAACAGAAAUAAGGCACAUAAUCAGGCGACGAGUUGUAAGCAAUGAUCAGAGCAAUCCAGAAGAUCUUGUUCAGAAUUUCAACAAAGUUAAUGUAACAGGUGAUGCAAAGACAACUGAAAACAAGGAACAGACUUAAGGUACUUCAACUACAAAAAUCAAAGUACAGUGUGAGGGGAAAUCGUCCGUAAUAAAAUUUUAGAAAAAAUUUGGAU